UGACCAAUCACAGUCCUUACGGUCUGCGUCGCCUCGAAGCAAAGUUACAAUUUUUUGGAGCACGUCGAGCUACGGCAGAGGGGUCGGAGAGGGGUUCGCGGCGACGCAGAGCGGUCUCCGGAGUCAACAGAGAAUAUCAAUCCAGUUUGUAUGGGUUCCUGCUCAUAAAGGAGUUGGUGUUGAGGAGGCAGACAAGCUGGCAAAAGAGGCAACCAAAGAAGAGGAGGUGCAUUCCACUCAGCAGAUCAGAAGUUAAGUCCAAUAGAUGGCGGACAUACACUUUGCCUGUAAACUGCCAUAAAACCUGACAGAAGAAGAAGAAUCAGGAAACAUAAUAUGUCAACAAUGGCGAAGACCGAUGGAAACUUCUAUUUCCAAAGAAGCGGACUUUUUUGGAUAGUAACUGUGACUCUGUCCAUGAGCUACUACACAUGGACUGUUUUUUGGUCUGAAGCUAUCCCAUAUGAACGCUUAGGCCCACUCGGUUCCUUGACAAAGUAUCUUGUGGAUAACCAUUACCCUCUUCUGCACUAUGGUUGGUGGCUUGCCUGGGCUAUACAUUUUUUUGAAGCAGUUGUUGCCAUGAAAAUAUGCAGUGAUAAAGGAGUGGGAAGCCUCAAAGCACGUUGCAUGUGGUUUGUACAGACAUUCCUGUUUGGGUUUGCCUCUCUCGGCUUGCUAAUUAAGUACAAGCCUGACCAUUUAUCAAAGGAAGACUGACUCGCAUUGGAUGCUGUUGAAGAGUCUUUGUGAACAAAGCACUUCUGUACACCUCUACAAGUCAACAUAUAUUAUCUUUGGACUAAUACUACUAAUAAGAAGAAGAAGAAUGUUGAUGAUGGUGGUGAUAAUAAUUGGAGAAUUACCCUCAUAUUGUGAUUAAGCUUAUUGACAUACAACCUGUGUCAAUAAUUAGUAUUUUGCAUGUAUUAAGCAAUCAAUACAGAUUUUUGAAUACAUUUUUACAGUUUGACAAUAUAAUGCUUGUGUCCUUAUUCAAGACCAGUGUGAUUUAUGAAGAAAGUGCAUACCUAUUUAUGUGAACAAACAAUGAAUUUCAUUAAAUGUGAACAACACUCUAUACUGUAUGUAACAUACAUGUUCUAUCUUAAAACAUUGUGAUGGUUCCCGAAAUAGAAAAUGAAUACGAACAAUUUAA